AUGUUUGGAGGGAGGAAAGCCAUAUCGGCUCUCAAUUUUACGGAUCAUCAUGCAGUGGAUGAUCGUUAUGAGGGAACACUGACUCCGAAUCAGUUAUUGAAUGGAUCGUCGUCGAUGAUGGGGACGGGUGUGAAUCCUCAAAAAAGACAUAAUAGAGAGAAUUUUUCGAAUAAGGGACGAACGCGUUUCUCGUCCUUGCAUGCGGAACGUUCCCCGAAAUAUUCCAAAGCAUCCCUAAUAGAUCAAGAUCAUGAAGUGUUUAGCAAUGCAAAAAAGUGGAAGUCUUCAGUACUCUUGAUCGAAGUUAAAUUGAAAGAAUUAGUGGAGAAGGCUCUCGAGAGUCCAGCCAAAUAUAAAAACUCUGCUCUUUUAAACUAUUGUUUGUCGAUAUUGCAAGAAUUUGAAAAUACAUGUCAAAACUCUGAUGAGGCAUAUAUCUACGGAACUAUGAGAUUAGUAUUUGAGGAUUGUUUAUUUCUUAAUACUUUAAGUGAGGAAAAUCUUUCUUUAUAUACAUUAAAAAUCCCUUAUUACACAUUAAGAACGAAGGAAAAAGAGGAAGAAUUAAUUCUUGGAAUGAGAAAAGCAGCUCAAGACUAUGAUAUAUUUUCUGAAAGUGAAGCCGAAAAGAAUAGACUCCAAAAGGAGCUUCAAGAAGAGCGCCUAACAACAGCCUCGUUAAGGGAAGAAGUUAAAACUCUGAAACAAACAAUAGACUCUCUUAAAGAUGAUUAUGCCAAGUUAAAAGAAAGCUCAGAUCAGGCCUACAAGGAACUGAAACAAAAAUUUGAAGAUUCAGAGAAAAAGAAUGCCAAAUUAAGAGCAGACCUUCGUUUUUUGAGAUCAUACAGGGAAGAGCAUGAAAAUAAGAAAAAAACAUAUUUCCUGUUCAAGAGAGACAAGAUAAAAGAGGUCAAAGAAAUGCACUCCUUGGAAGAAGACAUUAAUGUUCUGUCCAAGUUGCAUGAACAACUUGAAAUGCUAGAGAAUAGACGCAUCGAAGAGUAUAAUUUUGAGAUACAUCAAGCAAAAGAUGUGGAGAAACACAAGAUAAAAUCAGAUUUUGUGGCAGAUGCUCAGCUUUUAACGCGAGAAAUGCUUUUAUUGCAAGAGAAGGUGAAUAGGCUUGAUGAAAACAGCAUGAGAGUGAAACGAAGAAAAUCGGAUGAAAGCAAAAAGAAAUCCAAAAAACUUUCAUAUUGUCUCACGAAUGAUCUGACAUCUCCAAUGAUGGGACUGGACGCUCUUAGUUUAAGACAUUCCAUUGAAAUAUAUUAUUCCAAGGACGGGAAAACGUUUAAAAUGGGUCAUAGAAGCACGAUCAUGCCAAAUUAUUCUCCUGAAAUUGUGGAAAUACCACCAAACAUUACACACAUGAAGAUUGUGCAUUCACACCUUCAUUAUCACAAGACACAUCCUAAUGUGAUUGAAACAUUAAAAUCAGCCACUAAUUAUGAAACUAAGCAAAUUCUGUUCCAACAGCAGGCAGAAGAGGAGGAAGAAAAGCAUACCUUCUUAAAGCCAAUAUUGAAAAAACCAACCAGUAACGACCACCCUUCCGUCUCACCCAACGCUGGUAAUGGUAAAAUGUGGACAGUGUACAAAUCUAGGUAUAAUAAUAAGGUGCUUCCUGAAACAAUUGUUAGGAAGAUGAGUUUGAAGGAAGCUAGAGAAAUUAUCCUUGAUACCUAUGUAUUAUAUUUCAAAGAACACAGACUUGUAAAUAAGGAACCAAAAUCCCUCCAAGAAUUGCUCUUUGUGACCCUAGAACAAGUAUUUGUUCUUCAAGAGGUUGUCCACAAAAUUAGUUUUGAAUUUUUAACAGCCUGUGACGAAUAUAGGACAAAGCAUGCUGACAUUUUGGAAUUUUGUAAAGGGUUAGAAGGAAUGAAUGAUGUUGCAUUUGGCUGUAGUGUCUCUUUGGCAUUGUUUGUUCUUAGAAAUAAGUGGAAUAGUUAUGCAAAAGACUCAAAGGCGCCUCUCAAGAAGGAAAGUGUUUUUGAAAUUUUAGAUUUCAUGUAUCAAGAGGUUCCAACGGAAGAACGUGAAUGUCUAUUGAAUGACAUAUUAAUGGCUGAUCCUGUUUGUCUAGAGAGCAAUCAAUACUUUCUUUCCAAGCUCAAUACUUUCUUCAUUAUUGCUUUUCGUGACGUGACAGAAUAUUGGGCUGAGCUUGGAGAAAGUAAAGUCCUUGUCAGGUUUGAAAAAGACAGACUUCAAAUUGAUGAUUUUGUUACCCUCAUGUUAGAAUUAGAUCCAGGCUCAAACAAAGAACUGUGGAAGAGAAGGUAUCGGGAUGCCGAAGCAAAGGAAGCAAAUAGUCCACACAAUAGCAGCACUGUUGCUCUCAUCGCCACUCUUACUAAUAAUACGCUGGGAUUGUCGAGUCGAACGAUUGGGUACAUGUUCGCCGAGUUGAAAUGGAUGAAUACAUAUCGAAGAAUGAAACAAGAGAUGGAGAGCUCCAAUACAGACCGAUGA